AUGUGGUUUAGCUCACGUGGUACAGCAGGGAAAAACUCAGGUAAGGGAAACAAAACAGAGAAGAAGAAGAAGAAGAAGAAGAAGAAGAAGAAGAAGAAGAAGAAUAAUAAUGAUGGAACCCAGAUGGAAAGACAAAACGGCCAGACCAACAACCGAUUGAAACCGUCCCAAGACCCAACUCCUAUGAGUAAGACCCAAAACAGCGAGGGGGGAGCCAGCCUGCAGCACGAGUAUCGAACUGGAACCUACCGUACAUCGGCGUUUUCUCCACCCGAAGCUAGCGCUGUCAUGUGUGAAGGUCCAAUCAUCCACAAUGAAAAGGUGGGCAGAAAACUUGCCGCCGGCACGGGCGGAGACCAACCCAACUGGAAGACAGGUCGCCGAGCUCGGUCGUGUAAAAGGCACACUGGGCACCUACUAGCACGGCUGUCUCUGAAAGACUUUGUGAAGCGAACAACCACUCAUGCACCAAGAGUAUAG